UAUCUAAAUACUUCUUCCACUUAGAUAUGGCGUAUAGGUAGUUGGGUGUCUAGGGCUUUUAUUUUGAAAUGCGGAUGUGACACCGGAACCGGAUGUGCAGUGCGGAGCCUUUUUAGUGACGCACAGUCCGCCGUGUAGGACGUCCAUGAUAACGUAACAUUCACACGGAAGAAAGGCGGUUGUUGCGUUUAAAGUCUAAUUGACUGUGGUUCAAGUUAUUAAAUAAAUGUGCCGCGACCCGGCGGACACAGCGAGUCCAGCCUAACGUCCGGCAGAAGGACAAUGGAGGCGAGGUUCGGCAGCGAAGUCGCGUCGGUCGUUGAAGUCGCCGUACAGGCAACCGUGUCCGUUUUCAGGGAUGUCUGGGCGAAAGAGGCGCCAAACACGGCCUGGGAAGAGGCGACGUUUGGGGAAAUCCAGGCGAUAGAGAAGUGCCUGGUGGUGCAGAUCCACAAGGUGUUCACGGAGUUCUCCUCCGAGCUGUUCGAGGAGAACGAGGCUCUGCGGGCCAAGGUGGAGCAGCUGGAGGACGUGCUGCAGAGGAAAGCCGGGCAGCUGGAGCAGGAGCUGGAGGCCAGAGUGGGUCAGCUGGGCAAGGAGAUGGAGCAGCUGGAGAAGGAGCUGAGGAGCAUCAGUGACGGUGGCGGCGUGACGGAGGAAGCGGAGACACACGUCGAGAUGAGGGACUGCUCACUGAUAGGAGCACCAGUGUUGUCCGUCUCCACCAGUCCUGCUGCAAAGGAAUCCACGUCAAACCCGGUGACAGCAGAGAGCACUGAAGCCGUUCCCAGCCCCACAGCUGGAUCAGUGACUGUCCUUGGGCCUGCGACAGCCUCCGCGGUGUUUGUCGACGACGGCUUUGGCCCCAGUCCCACGGUGCCACCUGAGUCAACGCCUCAAGGCGCCCCCAGUCCGGACUCCAGCAACGCCAGCGGUGUUGACUCUGCACAGGAAAAGAAAUCUGUAGAAGAGGCCCCUUCAGGGAGACCAAGGAGGACGAGGAGACCAACUUUUAAAAUUGAAGAAGUUUCCACUGACCUCAUCCCCGAAGAGAAACAGACGGGUGGAGUUCAGGGAAGGAGGCCUAACAGAAAAGAGUCACAGACAGCGACGCGUUUCUCCUGCGAGCAUUGCAACGUCUCAUUUCACUGGAAGGGCGAUCUGAAGAAACACAUGAAGGUCCACAAGGAGCCUUUCCCUUGUGAGAAGUGCGGCAGAAGUUUUCUGGAAAAGAAGUCUUUGGAAAAUCACCUCUCGCGUCACACUGCGAGCAAAGAACCCCUGCCCUUCCCCUGCACUCAGUGCAAGAGGUCGUUCCGGAAGGAGCAGUCGCUCCAGAAUCACCUCAAGCGCCACGAGCGGUCGAAGCCGCCAAAGCCGUUCGCCUGCGACCAGUGCGGGAAGACCUUCCGGAUCGAGCGGUCCCUGGAAAACCACCUCCUGCGCCACGAGAAAUGGAAGCAGCAGUUCAAGUGCCAGCUCUGCGACAAGACCUGCAGGACGCCGGUCCAGCUGAGGUGCCACAUGGCCGUGCACUCGGAGGAGCGGCCGUUCGGCUGCUCCACGUGCGGGAAGGAGUUCAAGAGCAAGGACACGCUCCGCUUCCACCAGAUCGUUCACUCCAACUCCAAAAAGUACAAGUGCACCAUGUGCGAGGAGACGUUCAAGUACGCCCACUCCCUGACUGUGCACAAGAGGAAACACACGGGAGUCUCGCCGUUCACGUGCACCGUGUGCAACAGGUCGUACAGGACGGGCACGGCCCUGAAAAGGCACAGUGUGGUGCACACGGGGGAGAAACCGUUCACCUGUCACAUAUGCGGCGCCCGGUUCAGCCUGAACAACAACCUCAAGAGGCACAUCCGCAUCCACACGGGGGAGAAACCGUUCACCUGCCAGGAGUGCGGCAAGAGCUUCUCGGACAACACCAAGCUGAAGUCCCACAUGCUCAUCCACGGCGCCAGGAAGCCGUUUAUGUGCGAUCUGUGCGGGAAGACCUUCCUCUUCAACUGCCGGCUGCUGAUCCACCAGAAGUACGUGCACGCUGACAGGAACGAGGAGGCGGACGGCACGCAGCGCUUUUUCCAGACCAGGAAGCGGAACAAGUCGCUGGUGAAGCCGUUCAGCUGCAAAAUAUGCCUGAGGGGCUUCAGCGCCGCAUGCUCCCUCAAGCUUCACGAGAGGGGCCACAGCGAGCACAAGGAGUUCAACUGCGGCAUCUGCGGCAAGUCGUUCCACAACAAGUACUCUUUUGGCUACCACCAAAGGAGCCACGCGGGGGAGAAGCCCUUCGUCUGCGACGUGUGCGGCAAGAGGUUCUUCCACGCCGGCAGCCUGAAGCAGCACGAGCGCAUCCACACGGGGGAGAAGCCGUACAAGUGCGACCAGUGCGGCAAGGCCUUCCGAACGGACGGGAACUUCUACAGGCACCUGCGGAUCCACACGGGCGAGAAGCAGUUUGAGUGCCUGUACUGCCACAGGAAGUUCCACCAGUCCAACCAGCUCAAGUCCCACAUGCAGAUCCACACGGGGGAGAAGCUCUACUCGUGCCAGCAGUGCUCCCGGGGCUUCUCGGACUCGAGGCAGCUGAAGAAGCACAGCUGUGACGGGCCGUAGAUGACGAUACGCUGUGGUGCGUUGUAUUAAGGGAAACCAAAUGACUUGUCUGUGUUUGGCUCAGUGCCUUUAGUUUCAUCUUCAUGUUCUGUUGUCGGGAGCUGGUACAAUUAACAAAAUGAACAUGCUAAUUUAUUGACAGAUUUGUGAAAGCUUCCGUGGCAAAGGGAUGUUGGUUUGUUAUAAAUGAAUAGUUUUUUGGGGGGCAAAAGAGUUUUCACACCUGAAGGCUCUAGUAACUCUUAGUUUUCAUUAGUCUUGACAGGCUGGUAAUUAAUCAAUAGUAAAUAAUACAGUUACUCUCAUUCGGAGUAUUGACGGUGAAGAUAAUUAUUUAUGGCAUUUAUAGUUCCCUUUUUUUUCUUUGUCUCAAUAACCUCAGCUUUUAAAAACACAGAUACUUCUGUUUACCUGUUACAAGACAUUUAAGAAUCACAAAAAACACAUGAAAACCUAAAUGUCAAUGUGAGAUAAUGUUAAUGUUUGACAAAUACAGCAAACGAUGCCGGCUUCAGGACCUAAUUUUCAGCAGCUGAAACUAUUUAUCUUCUCAAUUUGAGUUGGUGUUUAAUUAAAGUUUGAGUUAAUUUUUGAAUGGCUUUUUUUAAAGACUUCUUUAAUCUGUACUAAUUUAUGUUUUGGUAAUUCAUAAAAUCCAAUGAAAGGCCAUUAAAAUGUAAAUAUUUUCAAACAAAAACAUUUAAAUUGUAAAAAUGACUUUCUAAUGUAGAGUUCUGUGUAUAAUGGCAUACUAUUUUCUUGUUAU